GUUUCUUAAUUAAUUUUUAUACACAUUAUUAUUAUUUAUUGUUGAUGAUAUAUAAUUAAAGUGAUACAGAUAAUCUCGAAUGGAAAAUAUAAACUUCGACAGUAACUCCAUUACCAAAACAUGAAUCAGCUGAUAAAGAUUACAUAUAUGUAUAAAUAUGUGUAUGUGUAUAUUGUGUAAAAGUGUGGGUAUUUAAAGAGCUUUGACAGAAAACAUACAGUUCAGUAUUUUGAGGUUAAGAAUUUUUGUUAUUGUAAAUAUUUUGAUGACAAACUUAUACACGCGGUAACUGUCAAAAUAAAUAUAUUAAAAUGAGAGAUAGCGAUUACUUGGCAAGAUCAACAAAUACUUCAAGUACUUCUUCUAUUAUUGAUCUUGUUGUUGAACCAGCGAAAAAAAAAUUUCCAUUUUGUAUUGUAUGGACACCAAUACCAUUUCUUACAUAUUUUUUUCCAUUUAUUGGACAUAUGGGAAUAGCUACAUCAGCUGGAGUUAUACGUGAUUUUGCUGGACCAUAUCAUGUUUCUGAAAACCAAAUGGCAUUUGGAGAGCCAACAAAAUAUUGGCAGUUAGAUUAUUCACGAGCGCGUGGUGGUUUAGCUGGAUGGGAUGCUGCUGUUUCUGAAGCCAGUGAUAUUUAUAAAAAAAAAAUGCAUAAUUUAUUUUGUGAUAAUUGCCAUUCGCAUGUAGCAACUGCUUUAGAUUUAAUGAAUUAUGACAACUCAAGUAAUUGGAAUAUGGUUAAACUUGCAUUUCUUAUUUUAAUAAAAGGAAAAUAUGUUAGCUUUUUAGGAUUUGUCAAAACAUGGCUGCCCUUUGUUAUUAUUGUAACAAUUAUAACCAUAUUUAUCACUGUCUUUUGAAUAAAUCAAUUAGGAAAAUUUAAACAAUUAAUUUGCUUUUCAUUUACUGCCUGGGAUUUACAAUGACAUUUAAUAACUCUUCCAUUUCAUUGAUAACACCCUUUUCAACACUAAAAUCAUACUGAUAGUCUUCACUCAUGAUUCGUGAAAUAAAAUUUGAAAUUUCAU